CCGCGGCGAGAUGGCGGCGCCCAGCCUCGUCCUCUCGGCGGCCGCGGAGGGCGGUGACAGGGCGCGGGGGACACUGGGGACACUCCUCCGCUGAGGGACGCAGCUGUCAUCCUUGUCCCGGCUGUCGGUGUCACGCACCGCCGGCACUGCGUGACCUCCGCCCGGUGCGGGGCGGCGGAGAGCGGGCGGCGGGGGGCGGUGCCGGUGCUGGUGCCGGUCAGGAUUAAACCCCAGGCCCAGAAAUGAGGAAGGUUUUGUUUGUGGAGCCUGUCAUUUUCAUCUACGUGUUUGCGUCUUCCCUGACGAGCCCGCUGGUGCAGCAGUUCAUCUACCGGCAGCUCUGGGAGGAAGAGUACAAUUCCACUUUUGUAAGCAAUAGCAGUGUCAGUCACUGCGAGCAGAAUAAAAGUAGCCCGGCUUAUAUCAAGCAGAAGGUAAGAGGGGGGAAAAUAAGUAACAACUGUAAAUAAACUUACAGCCAGGGCGUGCUGCCUCAGAGUCACCUCCUUUUGUAUUACCUUACUUAACCUUUUAUAUACAGAAAAGCAGUGGUUUUCUAACCCGCUGUCACUGCUGUCUCAUUGCUCUUGUAUUGCACUGUAGGUAGUUGAGUGCUUUAAAGGCAACAAUUUGCCUCCAGGCAGAUGCUGAGAUAAAUUCUUAGGAGUUGAAAAUCGUCUUAGAGGUCCGGGCCCAAAUUGGCAUUGGGCUGACAUUACAGUGGGUGCAGCUGAGGGCUCCUCCUUCCAGUAACACUUGUGCAUGUGUUCAUGAGCCAUCAGUCUGUCUUUUGUGACUUCUAGUGUUCUUUGUAACUGUGUAAAGUCUAGCAAAUGUCCUAUAAUUUUCAGGAAUAAGAUCUAGUUUAGAAUAUAUUUAUUUCAGAUGAUUUACAAGGAUGAGGAAAGGGAGAGAUUAAAAUUUAAAAAAACCCUGUAAUUUUAAAAUGUGGAAAAAAUUUUAACUGAUCUUUGCACAAUCAAAUAUAAUUGAUGGUUCACCAUUCAAAGUGCUAGUCUGCCUUGUUGAAAUGCAAAGACGUCAAGGUAGUUCAAGAAAAGGCCUCUGUUUUUAAUAUGCAAUUAGACUUAACUGGGGCUGUUCCCAGCCUUAUAGUUGCCUUUGUCAUUGUAGCUAAUGGGGAUCGCCAAGGACGCAAAAGAUCUUUAGUUUUACCAUCAGUGGGAGCUUUCGUUGCUAAUAUUUGCCUCACUGUAAUAUCAUAUUUUUCCUUGUCACUCUCUAUCCUAUUUGUGGUUGCAUUCAUUAGUGGACUGUUUGGGAGUAUAGCAACUUUCCUUGGAGGAGGCUUUGCUUAUAUAGCAGAUGUGUCUCAUGAUGAGAAGCAGAAAACAACACGAAUUGCUGUUCUGGAUUUGAUUUUUGGAAUUGUGUCUGGAUUGGCAGGGCUGUCAUCUGGCUAUAUUCUAAGGGGAAUAGGCUUUAUGUGGACAUUUGUGACAGCAUCUCUGCUUCACAUUGUUAAUAUUAUCUAUAUUGUAUUUUUUCUGGAAGAAACAGUAGGUGUAUCUGAAUUCCAGCAUGAGGCACCAGGAUCCUCUAAAGAACUUCUUAAAGAGACAUUUUCUGGAGUGUAUAUGCUUUUUAAAACUUCCCCUUACAAGAAGAGAAUUUUAAUAAUUGUGUUGCUUUUUACAUUUAUGAUGUAUUUGUUUACUGCGACCGGUGGGAGUUCGCUUUUUACACUGUAUGAACUAGAUGAGCCACUCUGCUGGGAUGAAGUAUACAUUGGCUAUGGAGCAGCUGCCUCCACUUCUAUCUCUCUGACCAGUUUUUUUGGAGUUUACUUAUUUUCUAAAUGUCUCAAAGACAUUUAUAUUGUCUUUAUCGGGAUAUUUUCUUACAUUGGAGGAAUGGUCAUGGCUGCCUUUGCCAGAACUACCCUGCUCAUGUUUUUAGUAAGAGUGCCAUCUUUGCUCUGCUUUAUGCCUAUUCCUGUUCUCCGAGCCAUGCUGUCAAAAGUGGUUCUCACUGGUGAACAGGGUGCUGUGUUUGCUUGUAUUGCCUGUUUAGAAGUUGUGAUCGGCACUAUUUCACUUUCAGUUUUUAAUAUUCUUUAUGCAGCUACCGUUGCAUGGUUUUCAGGCUUUAGCUUCCUUGUAUCAGCAGGCCUUUGUCUAAUUCCACUGGCUGCCCUGUGCUGGCUUCUGUGCACAAGCUGGAAUGAGGAAGACUUGGCUCUGCUUGUACCUGAAGAAGUAUCCAGCAUAGAGAGCAUUGAUAGUUGAACAAAGGAUUCAUCUACUUGGAUUUUCUAAUCUGACAUGCAGUGGCAGAGAUCAUUAUGUCAUACAGAGACCACAGAGAGAACACAACAGUUGCAGAUGCAAUCUCAAAGUGGCCCUGUGGCAAAAAGCACUAAAUUGGUAGCACUCUAUAUCCAGUCUCUUUUUAGCACUUUAAUAAAGCUAGCUCUUAUACUUAACUAGGCAAA